AGUGAAUUGAGCGGCUGGCCAAUAGGAUGUUCAUUUCCUGGCGAUACAUCCUCCGACCAAAGCUUUCACUGGGCCCAAGAGCGGCUUCGAGAGUGCCACGAGAGUCACUCCCCACCCAACGAGGCCAUAUCGUCCCCCUUGCCAAAGCGUAUCCUAGACGUUGGGCUUUUUGAUAACACGGUGCGCUUGCACAUUUCGGCCGGAGAGACGGUGGACUACACCUGACUGCUGGGGGAUUAUUCCCCGGCUUCGGAUUCUGGCUAGUAAUCUCACCUCUCACUGCGAGUCGAUUGACUGGGCAGCGCUCCCCCCCACCUACAAAGAGGCAAUAGCUUUUGUCCGCCGAAUGGGGAUCCGGUACUUGUUGGUUGACAGUUGGUGUAUCAUCCAAGACGACGAGGACGACCAGCGGGAAGAGGCGGCCAAGAUGGCGUCGAUCUACCAGGGCUGCUACAUGACACUGGUCGCAACAAGAUCGCCUGAUGACGGAAGCGGUCUCUUCUCUGUUGCCCCAGACAACAUGGUUUAUUGUUGCCGUCUCGGUUGCACGGCGGACCAAGGUGGAUGGAGUCGUCAGAUCAAUGCAUUUGUCCGCGUCGAGGCCUUUAUUCUCCCAUGGUUGGUGCUUUCAGGAACUUCUUCUCUCCCCGCGACUUUUGCAUUUUGGCUCUCGGCGAGCUCGCGUGCGAGCUGGUAGACCUGCAGUGUGUACCUGCAGUGUGUACCUCAAGGUAACGACAUGGCGGGAGAGCUCGCGUCCGCGGUUAUUACCUUGCGAGGUAGGCUGUUAGCGACCAGGCUCACCUACCCUUGGAAAAUCGGGCGAUCCCGGUCGGCAAUAUAGUUUCAUGACCCCUGGAAAAGGUUUUAUAGAGUCAGGUGCCCUUGUGCAUUGCCUCUUUGUUGGAGGGGAGACUCGACAUGGGUCCAACCUUUUCCUGGUUUUGACAUGUGUCAGCGAGAGCCGUGCUGAGCUUGAAAGA